GUGGUAAUGAAGUGCAACGACGAGGAGUAUGAGACGAAGCUUCUAUUCGCCUCGUCCCCUCCCUCCUCUCUCUCCUUUCUCUGCUCUUAUAGUACUAGUCUCCUCUCUCUCUCCUCCCCCCUCCCCCCUUACUCCCUCCUAGUCUCUCUCGAUACCUCCGCUCCCCUCCAAGCCUCCCCUUUUCCACCUUCCGACGACGACGACGACUUCCAGGGCGGUGGCGAGGCAAGAACGAGCCAAGUAGUACGUAGCGAGGGAAAGGAGAAUUCUUUUGGGGUUCUUUGAUCGAUUGAUGAACGGCGCGGCGCGGCGAUGAGGUCGGAUCUCAGCACCAUCCAGCAGACGCUCACGCCGGAGGCGGCGGCGGCGCUGGCCCGAGCCAUCGACGAGGCGGCCCGGAGGCGCCAUGGCCAGACCACGCCGCUCCACGUCGCCGCCGCGCUGCUCGCCGCGCCGGCGGGGCUGCUGCGCCAGGCGUGCGCGCGGGCCGCCGCCGCCGUCGGUGCAGGGGCUGGGGCCGCCGCCGGUGGUGGCGGCGCGCACCCGCUCCAGUGCCGGGCGCUCGAGCUCUGCUUCUCGGUCGCGCUAGACAGGCUGCCCGCGGCGGCCUCUUCGGCGGCGGCGAAGGGGGCCGCGCCGCCCGUGUCGAACGCGCUCGUGGCCGCGCUCAAGCGCGCCCAGGCGCAGCAGCGCCGCGGGUGCCCCGAGGCGGCGCAGCAGCCGCUCCUCGCCGUCAAGGUCGAGCUGGAGCAGCUCGUGCUUUCCAUCCUCGACGACCCCUCCGUCAGCCGCGUCAUGCGCGAGGCGUCCUUCUCCUCCGCCGCUGUCAAGUCCACCAUCGAGCAGUUGCUCUCCUCGCCCUCGCCGGCGUCCUCUCCCGCCGUCUCCACCACCACGGCCGCGCCUACGCCCCUCUCACCGUCCCCCUCCCCGCUCCCACGGGUCGGCACGGCAAACGCCUACCUCAACCCUCGCUUGGCGGCCGCAGCGGGCGGCGGUGGCGGGGACGACGCACGCAAGGUGCUCGACGUCAUGCUGAAGCCGGCGCGCCGCAACCCGGUGCUCGUGGGCGAUGCCGGACCCGAUGCGGUGCUGAAGGAGGCAAUCCGGAGGAUCCCGACGACUGGAUCCCCUUCCCUCGCCGGAGCAAAGGUCCUGCCGCUGGAGGCGGAGCUCGCCAAGCUCGCCGGCGACAAGGCCGCGAUGGCGGCGAGGAUCGGGGAGCUGGGCGCGGUGGUCGAGAGGCUCCUCCUGGAGCACAGCGGUGUGGUUCUUGAUCUCGGGGACCUCAAGUGGCUGGUGGACGGGCCGGCGGCGGCGGCGUCGGGCAAGGCGGCGGUGGCAGAGAUGGCCCGUCUGCUGAGGCGGUUCGGGAGCGGCAAGGUCUGGGCCGUCAGCACGGCCGCGUACGCCACCUACCUCCGGUGCAAGGUCUACCAUCCGGCGAUGGAGCCCGAGUGGGACCUCCAGGCUGUUACCAUAGCCCGCGGCGCGCCGCUCGCCGGCGCUGCUCUCAGACCUGGAGGCACUGGAAUUCUUGGCAACUCAGUGGGGAUGUUAUCGCCUACACUCCGGCCUAUGCCGGUGACACCAACAGCACUCCGAUGGCCACCAGGGGCAGGGAGUGACCAGCCUCUGAUGGCUAAGCCGACCAUGUGCCUGCUUUGCAAGGGUAGUUAUGAGCGUGAACUUGCCAAGCUCGCAGCGGAGCGGACAGGCAAGCUGACAUCCCGCCCUGAGGCUGCUAAGCCCGGUUUGCCACACUGGCUGCAGCCCAGCAAUGAUCAACCACAGGCCAAGGAGCAAGACUUGAAAUGGAAGGAGACUGCUCAAGAGCUUGAGAAGAAAUGGCGUGAGACAUGCGCGCGUACCCACUCCACCCGUGCUGGGGCACCAGCUCUCUCCAUGCCAUUGGCUGCCUUCGGUCCACGCCCGCCCAUUGAUCCCAAACUGGCACUUGCUAGGGAUGCUGCUCCCACUCUUAAGAUGAACACCAACUGGGAGAAGCCAGAGGGCACCCCUACGUCCGAGCUUCGUAAGAGUCCGCCGGAGAACCCAGUGAAGACUGACCUUGUGCUUGGUCGCUUGGAUCCAGGCAUGGAUGCUACUGUGGAGAAAGACCAGAAUGAAAAUUAUAUGGAGGGGCUAACUGCCAUGCAAAAGGCUAAGAUAGCUGGAAUCUCUGAUAUUGAGUCCUUCAAGAGGCUCCUCAAGGGGCUUACAGAGAAGGUCAGCUGGCAAUCAGAUGCUGCUUCCGCCAUCGCUGCUGUUGUAAUACAAUGCAGAUCUGGCAGUGGGAAGCGGCGAAAUAUCGGGACAAGGGGUGACAUGUGGCUCCUGUUUGUUGGUCCUGACCAGGCAGGCAAGCGGAAGAUGGUGAACGCAUUGUCUGAGCUGAUGGUAAACACCCGACCGGUGGUUGUAAACUUUGGCGGUGACACUCGGUUGGGCAGGGCUGGUAAUGAUGGACUGAACACAGGUUUCUGGGGGAAAACCUCACUUGACUGGGUCACUGAGGCAGUUCGGCGAAACCCCUUCUCAGUUAUUGUUCUUGAGGGCAUUGAUCAAGUGGACACUGUUGUGCGUGGAAAGAUCAAGCGGGCAAUGGAGACUGGUCGCUUGCCAGACUCCCGGGGCCGUGAGGUCAGCCUAGGCAACGUCAUCUUUGUUCUCACCACAAAUUGGUUACCUGAGGAACUCAAGGGGCCAAAGUUUGAAACAUUGCUCCAAGGUGAAGGAAGGAUGUUGGAGGUAGCUAGUUCUAAUUGGCAGCUGGAGCUCUCAAUUGGGGACAAGCAGGUCAAGCACCGAGCGGAUUGGCUAUGUGAUGAUGUUCGCCCUGCGAAGGUACCCAAAGAAGUGUCCAGUGGCCAUGGUCUAUCACUUGACCUCAAUUUAGCAGUAGGGGCACUCGAUGACACCGAGGGCUCUCGGAAUUCCAGCGAUAUCUCUGUGGAACAAGAGCAGGAGAAAACGCAGCUUGCAGUCAAGUGUUUAACAGCAGCCCCUGACCGUGAUCUGUUGAACCUUGUUGACGAUGCUAUUGUGUUCCGGCCAGUUGACUUUGGGCCAUUUAGGAAGACUGUCACAGAUUGCAUAUCAGCAAAGUUUGAGUCGGUCGUUGGCAGCAGCAGCUCCUUCAUAAUCGAUAAAGAUGCCAUUGACAGGAUGGCUGGCAGCGUCUGGCUCACCGAUGAGAAGCUUGAGGACUGGGCAGAGAAAGUGCUCUUUCCCAGCAUUGAACGAUUGUGGCGUAACAUGAAGCAUCACAGUGGCCGUGCUGUUGUCCGUCUUGCAGCAGUUGCAGACAAGGCAUUGCCAAGGUGGGGAGGGGGGCAGGAAGGACUACCGGCGACAGUACCUAUCGCUAUUGAUGGCAUGUAGAGAGGGAAUUGGGGGGAGUAAAUUCUUUGUAUGGUAGAUAUGUAAAUAUUGGGGAGAACUCCCUUGGUAUAAGCUGGGGGAGGUUACUAUAUGAAGCACAUAGAGGGAAGGGAGAACCUCCUUUGACUACCAAAUAGGCAUGGAGGUUAUAGAUCUUAGAACACCAAAUAUGAUCUAUAGUUUUGAUAAUGUUUGUAGCUAUGUUCCUUGAAACAAAAAAAAAGGUCUCUCUUUUGAGCUUCCUAAUGUUGCAAGGAUUGACAGUGUAGAGGAAGUAAAUAAUGAUAUAGCCAUCAAACAAAUUCCUCUCAGUUCAGUUCUUGUAAUGCAUAAGCUAUUGAGCAUGCAUCAAGUUGCAAAGAUGUGAAUAUAUCAUUUUUUUGGUAGCUUUCUA